AUGACCACGGAAAAUAUUUCACACAUAUUUAAAAUUGAUAAUCGUCGGCAAUUCGAGAAUACUGAUCGGUCAGAACAGUUUAUUUAUACUAAUGAACUACUACAAGAUACUCAAACUAAAUUUUCGGCCGUCGAACAAAGUCCAUUCGAAGAGGUGGCUGCUAUUGUACCUAAUACUGACGAUGAAACAAUGGAAUGUUCUACGUUUCGUUCAUGGACUAUCGGCCUCUUAUUUACGAUCAUUAUUAGUAUUGUUAAUCAAUUUUUUUUCUUUCGUUUGAAUCCAUUGACAAUCGGUUCUAUUAUUGUACAAGUUUUAUCCUUGCCUCUCGGUAAAAUAAUGGCUAGAUUUUUGCCAGCAAAGUAUAUUCGGAUAUGGAAAUGGCAAUUCUCGUUAAAUCCUGGCCCGUUUAACACGAAAGAGCAUACAUUGAUCACUGUCAUGGCUAACACCGCAUAUGUAGGACAGUACGCAAUGAAUGUUAUCGUAGUCUAUCGUAUUCAUUAUCGCCAAACGAUGAAUCAUGCCAUUGCUAUUUUUUUCCUCAUUUCAUCGCAAGUUAUAGGAUAUGGUCUAGCAGGUAUGAUGCGACGAUUUCUAGUAUGGCCAGCACCAAUGAUCUGGCCAAGUGUACUAGUAACAUGUGCCUUUUUCCGUUCACUUCACGAAUCGAAGUCCGAGGAUCAAUUGAAUAAUAUAUCGAAAUGGAAAAUGAGUCGGAGAAAGUUCUUCCUUAUCAUGACAUUGUGUUCAUUCACUUACUAUUGGUUACCCGGUUACAUUUUUCCCUUACUGAGCGCAUUUUCAUUUCUUUGUAUGGUGAAACCACAAAGUAAUGUUUUCUCACAAAUAACUGGCACAUACGGUCUUGGGAUUGGCACGGUUCAGCUUGAUUGGAAUUCCAUCACUGCAUAUCUGGGCUCACCUUUAGUCAUACCAGCAUCGUAUCAUGUCAACGUUUUUAUAGGAUUUGUGAUAAUGGCGUGGAUCAUAAUUCCUAUCGUCUAUUAUACAAAUGUAUGGGAUGGGAAACGAUAUCCUCUGGCAUCCUCGAACUUGUAUACGACAGAGGGUUAUAUCUAUGACGUUAAUUCUGUUCUAGAUAAACACUCUUAUUUGAAUGAAACUGCCUACAUAAAACGAGGACCCGUACGGCUGGGUAUUGUCUUUGCUAUUACCUAUGGAGCAUCUUUUGCUGCUUUACCAGCAGCCAUUGUUCAUGUUGUAUUGUGCUAUGGAAAAGACAUCUGGAGACAACUUACGAUGUCGAUAACAGAGGCCAUGAAUGAAAUACACGCUAAGCUCAUGGCUAAAUAUCCUGAGGUACCGGAGUGGUGGUAUACAAUAUUAUUUAUCGUCAAUUUUUUUCUCGCCUGUAUCGUCUGUCAUUUUGGUGAUUUGAUGCCUUGGUAUUGGAUGUUUUUGUGUGUUAGUAUGGCUUUUGUAUUAUUACUCCCCGUUGGUAUCAUUCUAGCAACGAGUAAUCAACAAAUUGGUUUAAAUAUCGUAACCGAAUUCAUUGCUGGUUUUGCGAUGGCGGGAUAUCCUAUUCAGAACGUCACAUUCAAAACGUACGGUUACAUCACUCAAAGUCAAGCACUAUUAUACCUUCAAGAUUUAAAAUUAGGCCAUUAUAUGAAAAUUCCACCACGUCGAAUGCUUUUCGCACAAGUGAUUGCUACUAUUAUCAGUUCUGUCGUAUCGUACAUAGUCGCUAAUUAUUUAAUAAUUCAUAUUAAAAACAUCUGUACGGAGCUAGAUGUCCAGUGGAGCUGUCCCAAUAUAGAAAUUUUUUACUCAGCAUCUGUUUUGUGGGGAGCUGUUGGGCCUACAAGGAUGUUUGUCAAAAACGAUGUAUCCUACUAUAAUUUACUCUGGUUCUUUCCUCUAGGCGCAGUCUUACCAGCAAUUCCGUGGUUAUUAAUCAAAAGAUUUCCUAAACAAACAUGGUUACGUUUGAUUCACACACCCAUAAUAUGGUCGGCAUUGUCUGUUUUUGUUCCAGCUCCAGCCGGUAAUUAUUGCACGUGGUUUUUCGUGGGUAUUUUGUUUAAUUUUAUUGUACGUAAAUAUGACCACGAUUGGUGGGAGAGAUAUGUCUUCGUCUUGUCAUCAGCACUAGACUGUGGUGUAGCGUUUAGUGCUCUAGUCAUAUUUAUAGCACUUCAGAAUCAAAAUAUCAAUUUCCCAAUUUGGUGGGGAUCAGGAGGUAAUUAUGGAGAUGGCUGUCCAUUGUCGCAUGCAAACUACUCAGGCGUUAUACCACAUUAUCCAUCCUCAUAA